AUGCGACCUCCACGGCUCCUGCUGCUCAUUUUUUGCUUCAUCUUUCUGCCGAUCCUCCUCACCUUUCUCUCGCUCGUUACUGCCGAGCCUCGCCGUGGCGCGGAUGCCGAUGCUCCUAUCGCUGGUCGAUCGAGCCGACUCCGCGCUCUGUUUUCGUUUAAUGCCCCAACUUCGCUUUUCCCCCCAUCGGCUAUUAUUAGCUUGACCGACGAUAACUCGACUUUCUUCCUCGCGAGACCUGCAGCAUUUGGCCCGUUGUUGCCCACCAAAGGUCUGAGUGGCCAACUGUGGAUCGGCAGUGGCUUCAGCGAAGACACACUCAGGCGAGGCGCUGGUACUGCAGGCAUCGAAGGCGAGCUUGGCUGCUCGGAUGUUCCGGGCUGGGACAAGGAUGGACAGUCGAAGCAAGAUAAAGGACUGGGAGAAUCCGGGACCGGCUCAGCCGCCAACUCUCCAUCGGACAAGAUUCCCGCCAAAGAUCGCAGGGCCAGUGAUAGUACUGGCUAUGACUCGCUAGACGAAGACGAUGGGUCGGUUCUGCAUGAUGGCACUGACGAUUAUCUACAUCGUCCACACAAUCCGGGUUUUCUGGACAAAGCGGGGGGUAACCAGCCAUCCACCCAUGCCGAUAUUCAGUCUCUUCAAGAAAGCGCAGAAAUCGCUGGAAAAGUCGUUCUACUAAGUCGAGGCGGUUGCGGGUUUUUGGAGAAGGUUAAAUGGGUGCAGCGACGCGGCGGUUCCGCGCUGAUUGUCGGAGACGACACUAAAGGCGGCGGCUUGGUCACGAUGUAUGCUCGCGGAGACACUUCGAAUGUUACGAUCCCCGCGAUAUUUACAUCUUACACUACUGCUCAUCUACUGUCUUCCCUGGUCACAGAGAGGGCUUUUCUCGAAGUACCGACCGACGUUACGGCGAACCUACCCCCGAAGAAACAAAAACAAAGCACAGCCACAACCACGACAACCACGACAACAACAACUAGUGCUCCCACUUCGACGUCUACGAACAAGAAAAAACUGCAGACUGGUUCAUCGGAAAGUGGCUUCUUCUCGUCAUUGUUAUCCAAUGUAGGGUUGGGCACGAAUCGCGGUUCAAUUGCUGGGGAUAGUCGUCGGCCGCCUAGCAGUGGCAAUAUUGAUUGGGUAUUGGUUGAUAAGUCGGAAGAGGAGUACAGUGAUAGCGGCUCUGGAAGAUCGAGCUCUGCCAAAAGUCGAGCAAAGAAAAACGAAAAACCGCUGGCCGAUACCGAAUCUACGCUGGCUGAUGGAGAUGGGUUCGAAAUCGGAGUACAUGACUGGCGGGAUCCAGAUCUUUUACUACCAAAACAAACCGCAAAGCCAGACAGUAAAAACUCGAAGAAGAAAGAAGAAAAGGUCGACAGCAAUAAAAACUCCAACCUUCAAGGUGGAAGUAUAACUCCAGGCAGUGGUGAAUAUUCAUACGCAAGAAAGCCCACUGAGUCCGAAAAGAAGAAAGAGUCUUCCAAAAACAGUGACACAACUUCAAAACCACAAAGUGAAUCCUCUCACAAGGGAUGGUGGUUUGCGAAGCUUUUUGUAUGGAACAAGGCUACUGAUGACAAGCUCGAUCGAAUUAUGGAAAGUCGUAUCCGAUCCCAAAAUGGAAAGGAUAGCUCAACCACCGGAGCGAAGCAACCUCCAACCGAUCAUGAAGGUCUCUGGGUUACUCUAACUCCAACAACAAUGUCAACCAACCCUUUCUUCGACACGCUUUUAGUUUUGGUUGUGAGCCCUUUGAUAACAUUGACCGUUGUCUAUGCUCUUCUCUUGCUGCGAUCUCGUAUUCGUCGCCGAAGAUGGCGAGCACCCAAAUCCGUGGUUGAAAGGCUUCCAAUCAGGACCUACCAUACCAUAGCUUCACGGUCAACCACGACAUCAAGCACUCGAUCGCCAAGCCCGGGAUCUGUGACUUCAUUCACAUCGACAUCACCGCUUCUUUCCUCAGGACCAGUUGAUACAUCCCGGCGCUCGCGGCCACGUUCCCAGACGGUAUCCGGCUCUGUUUUGCCAACUGAUAUGAUGUCACCGAGUACAGAAAAGAGCAGCUCAAAUUCGGAUUUGUGGCGACGAAAGUAUAUUGGACGACAAGUCGAAUGUGUUGUUUGUUUGGAAGAGUAUGUCGACGGACAAAGCCAAGUGAUGAGUCUCCCAUGUGGCCAUGAAUUCCAUGCGGAUUGCAUCACCCCAUGGUUGACCACCCGUCGACGCACUUGUCCAAUUUGCAAAGGCGAUGUCGUACGUUCUAUGUCUCAGCGACAGAUUGGGUCUGAUUCACACAGCCACGAUGUAGAGGAAUCCGCUGAAACCCACAGCGCUGCAGUUCCUAUCAUGGGAAGUUCCAUGAGUGACACGAACUUGGAGGAUGGCGAAGGACCGGAUGCGCCUUUACUGUCAAACAACAAUACCUCUUCGGCGCCCCAGUCCAGCUGGCGCAACUUUACUUCCAUGAAUUUCCCUGCUCUUAGCGGCGACACAGUCUGGCACUCUGCCCAAACGGACCGCACCAGAUAG